CCAAAUAGCCACCAGAAGACAAAAGCACCACAGCGGCCUUCCUCCUCCGCGUGUUUGUUUUGGCCGCAGCGGAUCAAAACAAGUAGUCCUCCUCCGGUCUCCCCCUACUCCUACUUAGGCGGCUAUCAAAUUUACCAAUAUCAUCCUGAAAACUCAUACACACACAGUCCACCUAAAUCCUUCAGAUUCUUAUUGAUGGCUUCCAUUUCCAAGCUUUCAACGCCACCCACCGCUUCUCAUUUCUCAACAUCCUCUCCUUCUCAGCCAUCUCCAACAAUCCGAUCCUUGUGCCUUUUUCUUCCCAACAAUACCAAUACCAACGCUCUUUGCCUUUCCUCCUCCAAACUAUCCGUCCGUCCCACCCGCCCUAUCAUCACUCCUUCCUUGCUUGUCAGGUGCUCCCAAACUGAUGGAAACGGGAGUCAUGUCAAGAGAACGACACUUCAUGACCUUUAUGAGAAGCAAGGGCAAAGUCCUUGGUACGAUAACUUGUGCCGUCCUGUAACAGAUCUGCUCCCACUGAUUGAAAGUGGUGUCAGGGGCGUGACCAGUAAUCCAGCGAUCUUUCAGAAGGCUAUAUCAACUUCAAAUGCCUAUAAUGAACAAUUCAGGGAACUUGUGCAAGCUGGAAAAGACAUUGAAAGUGCAUAUUGGGAACUUGUUGUGAAGGAUAUACAGGAUGCAUGCAAACUCUUUGAGCCAAUUUAUGAUGAAACUGAUGGUGGUGAUGGGUAUGUGUCUGUCGAAGUGUCACCCGGACUUGCUGAUGAUACUCAGGGGACUAUAGAAGCUGCAAAGUGGCUUCAUAAAAAGGUUCAGCGCCCUAAUGUUUACAUCAAGAUUCCUGCUACAGCUCCAUGCAUUCCUUCAAUCAAGGAAGUGAUUGCAUCAGGAAUUAGUGUGAAUGUUACGCUCAUAUUCUCUCUUGCUAGAUAUGAAGGAGUUAUUGAUGCUUACCUGGAUGGCCUAGAGGCCUCUGGACUAUCUGAUCUCUCUCGAGUUACAAGUGUUGCUUCUUUCUUUGUUAGUCGAGUAGACACCCUUGUUGACAAGAUGCUUGAGAAAAUUGGAACUCCUGAAGCUCUUGAUCUCCGUGGGAAGGCUGCAAAUGCUCAAGCAGCUCUUGCCUACCAGGUCUACCAGAAAAAGUUCUCUGGUCCAAGAUGGGAGGCUUUGGUGAAGAAAGGUGCCAAGAAGCAAAGGCUGCUGUGGGCUUCAACCAGUGUGAAGAAUCCGGCAUACCCUGAUACUUUAUACGUGGCACCUCUCAUUGGACCUGACACGGUAUCCACCAUGCCGGAUCAAGCUCUUCAAGCAUUCAUUGACCAUGGUACCGUCGGAAGGACGAUUGACGCAAAUGUGUCCGAAGCAGAGGGUAUUUAUAGUGCCUUGGAGAAGUUGGGAAUCGAGUGGAGCUAUGUGGGUUCUCAACUUGAGCUCGAGGGAGUGGAUUCUUUUAAGAAGAGCUUUGACAGCUUGCUUGACAGUCUGCAAGAGAAGGCAAAUUCUCUGAAUCUAGUGAGCCUGUAAGCGUUGUGCGAUGUUGAAUUUCAAUUACGCUGGAACAAUGAAGGAACAAAAUUAAAUAAAGGGGGUGCUGUAAAGUCGAACAAAUGUUUGAUGUGUGCGGUGUAACUUGUAAGAGGAGGUUGUUGUGUUGAGCUGUGAUAUGGUCGUGCUACUUUGUAAUAUGGACAUUUUUUUUGUACUAGUGUGCUACUUUGUUAUAUCCCCGGACGGGGUUCGUUAUCGAGUGGCUUUUCUUUCUUUGGCCAAUGCUCUGCGGGAAGGAGUUCCAACA